GCUCGAUAUCGGACCCAUUUAAUGAUACGCUUUCGCAUCUCUGCCACAGUUUCCAAUGCAAAAAUGUCCGCGACAGAUUUAACAACCAUGAUUCGUGCUCUACUUUUUAUUUCAUGCAUUGCGUUCAACUGGCCUAAAAUUGAUGCCGCAGCAAGCAAGAAAGUCAAAAUAUUUUCCGAUGAGGAUCGCCCAUCAUGUGGCUACAGGGUAAUAAAGCGAAUGGAAAAUUGCUGCUCUUUCCCCGAUUUCAUAUCCACCGACGUGUUUGUGUCGUGCCAUGAAGGCUUAAAGAUAGUCAACCCAGCACCCGACCAAGACGCGGAAACAUCGCCAUCUGGCAAAAAGUCUUCGAAGAAAAGAGUUUCGCGGCAAGCUUCUUAUAAGCCUGGAUGGGGUGGUGGACGGUCAUUGGGCACCUAUAGGGGCGGCAGGAAAAGCCACGGACAAGCUAUGUGCAUUUAUGAGUGCGUGCUUCGAGACCAAAAACUGCUCAAGUCAGACGGGGAAAUUGACACGGCCGCGAUGGAAAAGCAAUUUGUCAAGGACAUCCCGGAGGAUUGGAAAAGCAUCGUCCAAGACGCGCUCAGAAACUGUUCUGACGAGUAUGGCAAUGUGAAGCAGUCAUCGCUUCCAGCGCCAAUUAUUUCGCCGAGUGGAAAAUCUUGUCGCUUUGGACCCACGCUCUACAUGUCUUGUUUCAGAAGAUACAUCACAGUGAACUGUCCUAGCAAAUAUUUACUGAAGAUUGAUUCAACUUGUCCGGAAAAGAAAAAUGCGUUGCAAAAAUGCGAUCCCUUCAAAGUGAGAGGCAGCCAAGGUGAAGGCAGGAAGUACUGGAGCGAUCCAGAGGACGAGAAACCGAAUGAUGCUGUCCAACGCAUGCAGAGAGAGAAAAUUGUAGCAGCCCCUCAGCGAAAAUCGGCUUCUUUCGCAAAUGGAAAGAAACGCAGAGGAGGAUAGAAGAAAAUAUUUGAAUUUCUCAGCCUUAAAUUCGUAUCAUAAUUCCUAUCAAUAAAAGAAAGUUCUAAAUUUUACAAAACUUG